GAAAUCUGUGAGUGAGUAAAUAAUAAUAAAUGGUGCCUAAUUUUCUCAUUGCAAGAUUAAUUGCAUCAUCAUUAACACGCUACAAGAGCACCCAUUUCCUGUUGGGUUCACAUUCUCUGCUGCAACACAAACACAAUGCUUCACUUUUUCUCUUCAAUUCAUACACUUCUGGUGCAAUCCACCCCAAAGGUGACACCUUUACAGUGUCUUACCUCGUCAACUCAUGUGGGGUGUCCCCAACACUGGCCAAGGAACUCUCCAAAAGGGUCAAUUUGAAAACCCCAGAUGGCCCAAAUGCUGUUAUUGAUCUUCUCAGCAACUAUGGGUUCUCCAAAACCCAGAUUGCAAAACUUGUGGAAAAGCAUCCCUUGGUGCUUGUUGCAAAGGCAGAAAAUACCCUUUUGCCUAAACUCAAGUUCUUGAGAUCUAUUGGGGUUUCCAAUACUGAUCUUCCUAAGAUUCUGCUUCGAAACCAUGUUAUAUUGAUGUGUAGCUUGGAAAAUUUCCUCAUCCCACGUUAUGAGAUCCUCCGGGGUAUAGUUCAGGAUGACCAGAAAGUUGUUAGAAUUUUGAAAAGUGCUGCAUAUAAUAUUACAUAUGCUGACGUGUUGAAAACCUUGGUUCCAAACAUUAAUGUUUUGAGGCAAUCUAGUGUGCCUCAGGCUUCCAUCUCUCUCUUGAUGGUCUAUUUUUCUAAUACAGCACAUAUGAAGCAUUCCAAAUUUUUGGAAGCUCUCAAGACAGCAAGGGGAAUUGGGUUUGAUCCAUCGAAAACAAAUUUAAUACAUGCUCUCGUUGUGCUUUUAAAUACUAACAAAACAAUGCAGGAUUCAAAGUUUAAGGUUUAUGAGAGGUGGGGUUGGAACCACAAAUUGGCUCUUCAAGCAUUUAGGAAGUUUCCCGUUUUUAUGAUGUUGUCAAAGGAGACAUAUUCAAAAAAAAUGAGUUUCCUAGUGAAUGAUAUGGGUUUGCCAUCAGAAGAUAUUGCUGAAUAUGCUCAGGUUCUGGCAUACAGCUUGGAGAAGAGGAUCAUCCCUAGAUUUUCAGUUAUUAAAAUCUUGCAAUCAAAAGGUCUGCUUAAGAAAGAUUUGCACUUCAGUACCUUUAUGUGCAUGAAUGAGCAAAACUUUUUGAUGAAAUUUAUGAUCAAUUUUCAGAAUGAUUUGCCUCUCUUAUCAGAUGUCUACAAUGGUUUGAUCAAUCAAUCAUCAAAAUGAAAUAUGGUCUCUGAAGGUUUUUGCAGACUGUAGUCCUAACUUUCAACGUCUUCGUUUGAGUGCUAAAUUGAACUGAGUUUCAUUUACUUUUACUUUUAAUAUCAUCAUUUUACGAUUUUUUUUUUCUUUGGUAGAGGGACUUUUGGUCAGAUUUAUAACAGAUUGGUUUUAUAAUCAAGUGUAUGAAUCUACUUAUUGGUGAUUUUCAUUUUCAGUAUUUUGGUUUCUUUAGUUCUAUUCAUUCCAGACAACACAUUAAAAGAUGAGUUCUUAUG